UUACGUGAAGUCAGGCAGGAGUCACAUGGUUUGUUUUUGCUUCGGACUGAGGAAGAGAGAGGGGAAAAAAAGAAGCUGCCAUAACUAGGGUUUACAGAAAAGUUUUGGAACUAGCGUAGCCAAAGGACAUGGAAAUACCAGCCAUAAACUUAAAGGCUAUCGUUUUUGUCCACUGGCUUCUAACAAUAUGGGGUUUUAUGUACCCGUGGCUCCCUGUAUCUUACGCGUGGAGUAACGUCACCGUCCUAGCCAUUGGGGUUUGGGCCGUCGCUCAGAGGGACUCCAUCGACGCCGUGCUCCUGUUUUUGAUCGGAAUGUCGAUAACCAUCCUCACGGAUAUCAUCCACUUCGGGAUUUACUACAACAGCGGGCCGUCCCUUUUCCGGUUCUGCGCCGGCAUGGCGAUCCUGAGUCUCAUUCUCAAACCCGCGUCCUGCUUCUUCGUCUACCAGAUGUACCGCGAGAGGGGUGGAGAAUACGUCAACUUCGACCUGGAGACUUCUUCUGUAGACAGCCGAUAUACGAUGGACAGUGUUGACAGUGUCCCCCACAUUCGUCACUACUGAAACCACCACCCCCCCCCCCCCCCCCCCCCCCCCCACCCCUCCUGCCCUCCCCCUACUGCCCGACUGAACUGCCCUCUUGAUCCUCUGUGUGCGAGCUUCACCUCUGACCUUCAUACCUUCACCUCAGCAUCCUCCUGAAACGGGACAAGCCGCUUAAUGCCUUGUGUGUCUCCUUGACCAAUCGCAUGCUGCUUCCUUCCCUGUCAACCAAUCCAAUUGCGAUCCAGGUCGUUGCUGCCUGCCGGCACCUCUGGUUUUUGCAGCUAGCUAAUCGGAUGACUAUAUUUGUUUUUCCUUUUUGCCUGUGUAACAGUGCAGCGAAGGUUCUGCACACGCUCUAUCCCGUCAGUUUGUGACGGCUGUGUGCUUUGCUUCGUCGCUCUGUGUUCCUUUUUUUUUCUUCUUGUUGCUUCUGACGUUUGAAGACUGUUGCUUGUAUUUUAUGGCUGUUGCACAACUAUGUUACACGUUGAAUAUCUGGGACCCGUGAGGAAACAAAGUCUUGAGUCUCGAGGAUCCCAGUGCGCAGUUGUUUUUUUUUAUAAUAACCCUUUUUUAAAUGUCAUUUCCUAGCAGACCCUCUGAAGGCUGUCUUCCAGUUUGUUCUCUUGUUUAUUUUGGAUGGAAAUGAUCUAGUAAUCCAGCAGGUGUUUCUCUUACUUUGUGGAAGUGCUCUUUGUUUGCCUUUUACAGCUGAUCAUCUUACUUACGGGAAGUGUCUGUGGAAAUAGAAAGGGAAGUAAACGUUGUUCAGUACCACAGCGCAGAUGACCAGGUACAUCUGGAUAUUGUGUUAUCUGUGGCUUUGCAAUCCAACUCAGUAAUUCUGUACAGCUUUAACCCUUUCAGUGCCGCCACCUCAUCAUACUCAUGUAUACUCAGUAAAGGAGUUCCUUUUUGAGUUAUAUAAACUUAAAUUCUUCAGCGCGACAAAAGUAAUUCAGGACUGAAAGAGUUAAAGGCAAGCUGGCAGACCUGCAGUGGAGUGGAACGGACGAGAAGAAGCUCUCUAGCCCUGUUGUCAGCGCUUCGUUACCAUGAAGGUGGUUGUUUGUAGUCUUGUUGAUGUUUUCUCUGACACGCGCUGUGUUC